ACCCCAUACUAGAUAUUGGAGGGGGCGGGAGGGCGAGGCAUCACCAGGACACCGUAAAUACUCAUGCAAAAGCCAUGUGCAGAAGACUCUCUACACAGCUCCGCCGCUUUGCCUCCGCCGCCAACAUCCGCGGUCGCCUUUCCGGCUAUCCACUAUAUCCUUUUCUUGCUCCGUCACUUCCAAUUACGGUACAAAGGCAGCUGGAUCCUUUAACCACCAUGGGACAUACACAAGGACUUCAGACCCACUAAUAAGCUUGAGAGUUCUGGCCUUUCUUUGAAGGAUAUUGUAGAGCAGCUUUUAGCAUAGGAUGUCAAGGACAACGCGGUGAUUCUUUACAUGAAAGGGGUGCCUGAUCUUUCCCGAUGUGGAUUCAGCUCACUAGCAGUAAGAGUGUUGAAGGAAUAUAAUGUUCCUUUGAGUGCCAGAAACAUAUUGGAAGAUCCUGAACUUAAGAAUGCUGUCAAAGCAUACAGUCUCAUGGUCUAUCCUUCCCGCAACUGGCCCACAUUUCCACAAAUAUUUAUCAAGGGGGAGUUCAUUGGAGGAUCAGACAUCAUUCUCAACAUGCACCAGACUGGUGAGCUGAAGGAAAUGGUUAAAGAUAUUGCUGCCAACUAGGAGAGAUCGGAGUAACUCAUGAUUGUUGGCCAUGUAUAGUUACGUAAGAAUUUGGAGUUGUCUUUGAUGUUUUAAUUUCUUUUGAGGUAAUAUAAGCAUGUUAAAUUUAUGUCCGGUUAAAAGACCCUGCUUUAGUGGGAAGUUCAUGCAUUGAGUUGCUCCUUUUAAGUAUGUUAAAACUACGAAUAAUUGUUGACUUAAUCCAAUAAUGGUUUGCGCAAGUAUGGAUUCAAAAAUUGUUUAUGUAUAGCAUUACUCCAUGAAAAUUUACACACAAAAUUAUAUAUAUUACUGCAGUCCACCUUUUAUUUUGGUGUGUAGUACAAUGAAACAACUCAAGCUGGUACAAUAUUUAGCACAAUACACACAGCAGAACCAAAGGAAAAUACGUGUCUCGCUUCAAAUCUAAUAAUACAUGAUCACACUGCUGCUUCUUAUUUCUUCAAUUAAGAGGACUGCUAAAAUUCACGACUGACAGAGGAAGAAUCUAUCUAUCCACUAGUCGUCGCAAUUUCAGGGGUACUGACAUGCUCAACAAUGACCACAUGAUGAUAAUGUUCCUUGCUGUGACCUCCACGUUUGCCAUGGCAAUGGUGCCUUUUGCCAGGACUGCCACCACCGUGACCAUGAUGUAUCCCAUCAUGA